UUCUUGUUGCUGCGAAUCGAGCAAAGAGCUUCUUCUGAACGAUCGCAUCUAUCGUUUCGCGUUGUUGAACUGUCGGUACCUCUUAGAUACUGUUACUGUUACCUCGGAAGAAUUCUGCGAGCUGCGACGUUUCAUUUUUGCUCCUCUUGGCUCUUCGCUCAGUCUUCACUCUUCAGUCGUUUGGUUGAAUUCAAUGACGAGAAUGUGGCGAAUGCUUCUUCUGGUACAAUAGAUGGAUGGUUCACACGCGUCUUUACAACGAGUUUAGACGAACUUACAAAUUAACGUGUAUGUUUACCUGAUUGGCGUGCAAAAAAGUGAAAAAAAAAACGUGCGCGAAUUUAUUCGACACAACGAAGAAAAUACUAUUUCGAUUUUUUGUUCUUGUUUUCGACCAACAGGCAUACAGGCAACAGCAACGCCUAGUUGGAAAUUCUUUCGCGCUAUCCGGCUUUUUAUGGCUGUAACCGAUUAGAUUAAUACGAACGAAAUAGAAAGAAAUGGCACCCAGUACGGCGAGUACUCCUACCGGAGUAUUAUUCGAAGACGACCCAGUCGAACAGUUAGAAGCCAGUUUACACAACGAUCAUGAGCAAAUUACACCACCUAAGCCAACUAGAGAAUAUAAGAGAAAAUUAGUCUGGAGAAAUAUUAUCUUAUUUGUGUAUUUACAUUUAGCUGCACUAUACGGUGCAUAUUUAGCAUUAACGUCCGCCAAAUUAUUAACUGAUAUUUGGGCUUUCCUAUUAUACCAAGCCACCGGAUUAGGAAUUACCGCCGGUGCUCAUAGACUAUGGGCACAUAGAGCUUAUAAAGCCAAAUGGCCAUUAAAAGUGAUAUUAAUUAUAUUCAACACGAUCGCAUUCCAGAAUCACGUGUUCGAGUGGGCCAGAGAUCAUAGGGUGCAUCAUAAAUACACGGAAACGAACGCCGAUCCGCAUAACGCGAAACGUGGAUUUUUCUUCUCCCAUAUCGGAUGGCUGCUGUGUCGUAAACAUCCCGAUGUUAUCGAGAAAGGAAAAGGAAUCGAUAUGUCCGAUUUGGAACAAGACACCUUCGUUGCAUUCCAAAAAAAAUACUACUUAAUCUUGAUGCCUCUUUUCUGCUUCAUUAUUCCUACUGUGGUACCGGUUUACUUAUGGGGUGAAUCUUGGUUGAAUGCUUGGUUUAUUGCCGCCAUGUUCCGAUACACGUUUACCUUAAAUAUGACUUGGUUAGUGAACAGCGCCGCUCACAUGUGGGGAGACAGACCGUACGACAGAUAUAUUAAUCCAUCGGAAAACAAAGGUGUCUCGUUGAUGGCUCUAGGCGAAGGAUGGCACAAUUAUCAUCACGUGUUCCCGUGGGACUACAAGACGGCUGAAUUAGGAGACUAUUCGGCUAACACGACGACCGCAUUUAUCGACUUCUUCGCUAAACUCGGCUGGGCUUACGAUUUGAAAACCGUAUCCGCCGAAAUGAUCAAAAAACGCGCCGAAAGAACCGGAGACGGUAGCCAUCCGGUAUGGGGCUGGGGCGAUAAAGAUAUUCCGAAACAAGACAUCGACGCAGCGAUAGUUAUCAACAAAAAGGACGAUUAAAUAAUGUACGAAGUGCUCAUCAGUCAAAGAAAUCGUUUAAAUUAUGUAAAUGUGUGCACGUACAACCCCUUUGUAUGUUAUGUAUUAUGUACCGUACAUAUGUAAAGGUAUAAAUUGUUGAAAACGAUUGAUUGUGGAAGAACGAAAGAUUGAUUUUCAAUCUAUGUACCCCCUUCCUCCUCCUCUCUAUCUCUCUGGAAUCGUUUGGCCAUCCAUUUUAAUUACAUCGAUGAAAAAAAAAGAGGAUUCUUUUCGAUUAUUUAUUAUCGAGAAAAUCCGACAUUUUUAAACACGUUUGUUAAUUAUUUAUUUUUGUAAGUAAUAUGCUAUGGCAGUGUAGUAAGAAUAUGUGUAAAUUUGGCUUUUUCUUUCUUUUAUUUUUAUUAUUUAUUUUUUUUUGUUUAUAUUUUUCACGUUUUGUUUGCCUUUCUAUCAUUCUCAUGUUAAUUUAUUUUAUUUUAAUUUUUUUUUUCGAUUUAAAAAAAAUAUGUGAAACUUUGAAGACUAGACAGUAACGAGUAUGAUGAAUUUGGUAUUUAGAUACAUUUAAACUUACAUACCUACGUAUUACAUAUUAUGGAAAGUAAUUCUGCGAAUUUUUUCUUCUCUAGUUUUUGAAACUAUAUAAUUUAAAUCGGUGCGCAAGUGAUACCAUGUAUGAUUUUUUUCCCGCGAAAAUUUAUUCGAUUUUUAAAAUGCAAACUGAAAUUCUUUUUUCAAAUAGAUCGAACAAUUAUGUUAACGUUGCACGGAUGCUAAAAUCACUAUUUGUUAUACGAGUUUUUUUUCAAAUUUAUAUGUUUUUACGAGACAUUAUCAAGUUUAAUUAUUUCAAACGCUAAUAAACGCUAUAAAAAAAGAAGAUAUUACAUUUUAGGUUUUUUUUCUUUGUAUUUGUAAUUAAAAUGGCUGUGGAUUAUUUUUUUUAAUGCGUGCGUCAAAUUGGGUAAUGUCUUACUAAGUUAAAUAUUUUAAAUCACGAAAUCGAUCAUGGAUUUUUUUUGUUUUUUAUUUAUGCGAAGAUGUGGCGUGUCAAAGCUAGUCACUGUUUUUGCAUCUUUCAUUUUAUUAUUUUUGUCGAAGCGUUAACAUUUUUUUUGUUUUUUUUUUAAUUUUUAAAUGACGCAGUCAUUUCGCUGAACAUGAACACAGCACAACGAUUCAAAUAAUGAAUUGAUGUAAUAUUCAAUUUUUUUUUCGCUUGAUUGAAAUUACUGUUGCUAGGUUUAUAAGUAAAGUCUUUGAGAUACUUCAAUGUAAACGUAAGUUCAUUUUAUUAUCUAAGUUGAUCUAAGUUGAUACUUGAUAAUGUUUAAUUAAUAUAAAUAUUAAUGUAAAUAAAAUAUUUUUAUGUAAAA